UCAUUUGACAUCGCAGCAGAGAUGGACUCCAAAGUCGACUGUCAGGUCAACAUGUCAUCAGAACCCAUAGCCCUCAGGUUUAUACCCAGAGUGCCUAAGGAGAGGAAGCAAAUGAUCCUCAUCUCUGUUAUCCUGGUGCUUCUGGCCAUUAUCAUUAUUGGUGCAAUUCUCAUUGGCGUUUACAUGACGCAGCAACACACCGAAAAGAUAAUUAAAAUUACUAGUAGUACAGGAGGUGGCGAAGUGGUUGAGCAAACUAUGAUGGUGAACAACCAGGAAAGUGUUGCUGCCUUUCAUAUCCAGAGCAAUACGACCUCAGCUACUGUUGUCUAUGACUAUAAACACCGUCUGAUCGGCUUCCGAAUUCAGGACAGAAAACAAUGCUCAGUGGUGUCAAUGGAUUCAGUUGAUGUGCCCAGCCUACAUGAAAUCACCGAAGGAAUAGAGCACUUUGAUGAACAAGGCUCAGGAGAUGACCACGUGUCCUACAGCUUCAAGCAAGGAGAACUGGCAGAUCGCACAACUCUAGGAACCACAGUGAAUAUCCUCUGCAGUGAUGUCCCUGUGUACUGGGCUGAGAACAACCACAAAGCACAAAGAAGUGGAUUGCUGUGUGGAGGGCUUCUGAUUCUUAAACUCUGUUUAAUACUGUUACUGUGACAAAGUGCUAGUCUGACCAUAUGUAGAAUAAUAGAACUGUAGAGUUGGAAGGGACCCCAAGAGUCAUAUAGUCCAAUUCCCUACAAAGCCGGAAUCGCAACUAAAGCGUCCAUGAGAAAUGGCCAUCCAACCUCUGCUUGAAAGCCUCCAAGCUCACCAUCUUCCGAGGGAAUCUGUUCCACUGUCAAACAGCUCUGCCAGAAAAUUCUUCCUGAUGCUUAGUCGGAUUCUCCUUUCUUAUAACGUGAAGCCAUUGGAUGAAGUCUAAGUCUCUGGAGCAGGAUAAAACAAGCUUGCUCCCUCCGCCAUGUGAUGCAUC